AGGAGCAGCAGGUGAAUCCUUCACAGCUUCUACUCUUUAUUCUACCGUCCCACCUGUUCAACACUAAACAAACUGAAACAUACUGUCAGCGGAAAUGUUCCGCUUUACAUGACCGCUCCCGCUUUACGAAUAAAACUAUAAAUAAUAGGUCAGAGUGGACAAAAAGAGGAAAGCACGCCGCGGAGCCUGGAUUUAUCAGGUCAGUUGUUAGAGGAGUAACCCCAGAGUUGGAGCCAUGUUGUCGGCAGAGGAGAUUCUGUGCAACACGCAGCAGGUGAUCGCCGGGCUGGAGGCGCUGAAAGGAGAAAACCGCCUCCUGCUGGAGAACCUGCAGGAGGUGAUGGAGAGCCGGCCGGUGGCAGAGAGCGGCAGCGUGGAGCAGGAGAAGAGCGGCAUCAUCCGCCAAUCACUGGAGAGCAUAGAGCUGGGGCUGAGCGAGGCACAGGUGAUGAUGGCAUUGUCGGCUCAUCUCGGCUCACUGGAGGCAGAGAAACAGAAGCUACGUGCUCAGGUGCGGCGUCUCUGUCAGGAGAACCAGUGGCUGAGAGACGAGCUGGCAGGAGCUCAGCAGCGUCUGCAGGACAGGGAGCAGGACGUGGUCACCCUGGAGGAGCAGAACAGACACCUGCAGUUCAUGUCGUCCAUACGCAAAUACGACCUGGAGGAGCCGCAGCUGGAGGACAAAGACACGUCUUCCACCAAGGAGUCUCUAGAUGACCUCUUUCCUACCGAGGACGAGGAACAGUCACAGAUGUCUCAGCCUCACCACAGCAGUGCAGCAGCAGCAGCCCAGCAGGGCGGCUAUGAGAUUCCCGCCCGCCUUCGAACGCUCCACAACCUGGUCAUCCAGUACGCGUCCCAGGGUCGAUACGAGGUCGCUGUACCGCUCUGCAAACAGGCUUUGGAAGACCUGGAGAAGUCGUCAGGUCACACCCACCCAGACGUAGCCACCAUGCUGAAUAUUCUGGCACUGGUAUACAGAGAUCAGAAUAAAUACAAAGAAGCAGCCAACCUGUUGAAUGAUGCUUUGGCGAUUAGAGAGAAAACUCUUGGAAUGGACCAUCCUGCUGUGGCAGCAACACUCAACAACCUGGCAGUGCUUUAUGGGAAAAGAGGAAAAUACAAGGAAGCAGAGCCGCUGUGUAAAAGAGCUCUGGAGAUCAGAGAGAAAGUUCUGGGUACAGAUCACCCAGACGUGGCCAAGCAACUGAACAACCUGGCUCUGCUGUGUCAGAACCAGGGCAAGUACCAGGAGGUGGAGCAGUACUACGAACGAGCUCUGCACAUCUACCAGAGCAAACUGGGACCAGACGAUGCCAAUGUGGCCAAAACCAAGAACAAUCUGGCAUCAUGCUAUCUAAAGCAGGGGAAGUACCGACAAGCUGAAGCUCUUUACAAAGAGAUCCUGACCAGAGCACAUGAAAAAGAGUUUGGAUCUGUAGAAGGAGACGGUCGUCCCAGCUGGUCUGGUUCUGAGGACGGGGGCUCUGGACAAGACGGACUCAGUAACCUGAAACGUAGCGGCUCUUUCACCAAACUCAGAGAGUCGAUACGUAGAAGCAGUGAGAAACUGGUCCGCAAGUUGAGAGGAGUCGGAAUGGAGGAAACAACCCAGAGGAAUGCUGGGAUGAAGAGAGCGAACUCUCUGAAUGUGUUGAAUGUUGGGGCUAGAGAAAGUCAGGACGGCACCCAGUCGAGCCGUUUGACGGAUGUUCGAGGACUAAGCUCCAGCACGCAGAGCCUGAAUCGACGAGGUUCACUCGGUGGUACCAGCUAACACACACACACUUUCUCCACACAACACCUGUCCUCUUAGAUUACCUGGAAAGAUAACCAGACACUGAAUCAUCACUCAUAUCAGAUGUCUUCCAACAAACUGGACUCCAACUUUCAGUCCCCCUCAAGAAAAACAGAGAUGGUCGUCACGAUUGGAAAUAGCAAAUAAUUUGCUUGCAAAUUGGUUAAUUAUCCUUUUUUAAAAAUGAAAUAACAGAUCUAAUAAUGUUUUCUUUUCCAUUGAGGAAAUGUCACAGUUAUCUUAAUAAUAUUAAGUCUUCAUCUCAAAUAAUGACAAGGGUCCACAAAAAGUGACAAGAAUAUUGUGGUCACAUCGACAUAUCUGCACUAUAGACUUUCCUUCCUGUUCACUUGAAAUUUAAUAUCAUUCCUUCCUGGUUUUAGGUUAGAAACAAACUAAUUUUAUGAAUUCAAGUUAACCUUUAACUUCAGAAUUAAAUAAAAAAAAAAAAAAAUUGGGAUGCAUCGAUCGUGAAAUUCGGGGCUGAUGCGGACUUAAAACGAAAACACACGAAAAUAACAAAAAAAAAUCAUAAAAAUAAACUGUUUCAUUCAGCUCUUUAUUACACUAUUUUUAAAUGAGCACAAAUUGAAUCUAAAUUAUAAAACAAUGAAAAAUAUUUUGGGAAAAAUUGCUUCAAAGGCAUUUUCAGCUGAUUAAUGACUUCAGUACUUACAUAGUGCAACAAAAAAAAAUUCUGGAACAUAAAUUAAAUGCAAUUAAUAAAGCAAAAAUAAAGUGCACUCGGGUACCCGCUGCACUCUUAGCUCAUGCCAGCAACUGUAUAAAAAUAACCAGUGCAACAUUUAGUCUGUGCUAAACUAAUGCAGCACAGAAGACAAACAUCGACUACUGCCAUCAGCAAGGUGAAUAUUUGAGUCGAUGCAUCACUUAAAAAAAACAAAAAAACAUUUUAGACUACCUAAAAUAAUACCAGCAUCUAUACUGUAAGAAAACUAAGUUUUCACAUUUCUCUGUUUAAACCAGACCAUGUCUAACAGGUUAAUAAACAUUAACAGUUAUCUGUAAUGUAUUGAAUAAUACGUUUGACGUAUUACGUAUUUCCUAAUGCUAAUGUUACCUUUUAGGUACAUUUCAGGACACUGGAAAAAAUGUUACAUUAUUUAUGUUUUACAUUUUCUAAAGAUUAACGAUUGUUUUUUCAAAAUUUGUAUAAAUUCUCUCGAAGCACAAGGUUGUAAAGUUGUCUGCACAACGUUCAAAAUGUAAAUGUUACAUUGAGUGUACGAGGGAAAAUCUAAGCUAUCAAGUUUAAACUGUUAAAGAAGUUAUUUAAAUGUGUGUUGAUGAUAUUGUCAAAGCUAUCAAUAAGAACACAAAUGUGUUUACUUAAGUUGGUCUCUGUUACAGCCCAGUUAUAUUGUUCCACAUUAUGAGAAUAAGGACCAACUUUUUAAAUGUUUCUAUAUAUAAAAACACCAGCUCUACAAAAUGAACGCACAUAUCUGA